AACGUACACGUAGAGGGCCAGCUAUUUUGUGGACUCUGAAUUUGACGGAAUCUGACACAGGGUUUUUCUGAAGAAGAUGCCUAUACAAAUUGUCGUCAAUCAUCAAACAAGUUUGAGACCAUUGUAGGAGUUUCAAGAAACUAUCUGCAUCGUAUAGGAGGUAUUUUACUUAGUUUUUCAGACGUACACCAUGGGACGGUCCAGAAGCAGGACAAGGAGUAGGUCCCCUCAUGGAGACAGAAGAAAAGACCGAAGUAAGAAUAGGGAGAGAGGCAAGGAGAGAGACAGGGAAAAUGAUUUGCAUUCCUCAAGAGGAACAGCCCAUAAGCAGCGUCAUGGUGAUAGCGAGAGACAUGGUAGUGAUCGUAAACACCAUUCUUCAGGAGAGCGCAGGUUGCCUGAUAGGAGCGGGAAUGAUCAUCGAGGGAACAGGGGUGAAGGAAGGAAGCCAGACGGUCGAAAGGAGAAGAGUCAGAAUGACAGGGAUCAUGGAAGGGAUCCUGAGCGGAAAAAGGAGGAAAGAAAAACUUCCUCUUCAAAGAAAGUAACUAGAUCUCACUCUCCCGCUAUGGCAAACUCUAAAGAGAGAUCACGCUCAAAGUCUGGUGCUGAGGCCAGCAACAGCUCUACUUACAACUCAAAUAAGAAACAAGAGCGACGACAGAAAGAGGAAUCGUCCAGCACAAAGUUUGUUUCAAGAAGGAUGCGUGACAGUUCCGACUCAUCAGGAAGUGAAUCCAGUGAUGAUGAAAGGCCAGGUCUUCCUAGGGCAUAUGCAACAGCCUCAAACAGCGAUUCUGAUAGAAGUGCUAUUAGAGAAGAGUCUCAUUCAGACUCAGACUCAGACUCAUCGCAAUCUUCCAACAGUUCAGGAUCGCCUGUAGAGAAAAUCCCAAGAGCGUAUGCAGCGUAUGAAAAUGACAGUGAUACUGUGGUUGAAUUAAAGGAACAGGAAUUGGCACGACUGGCCAAGGGCAAGCAGUAUGUUGUUUCUUCAUCUGACGAUGAUUCUCCCCGUGCUAGGCUACCCAGAGCAUACGCGUCUUCACCUAUCCAUGGCAAAGGGCGCCUUGAGCCUGACACAAAAAGGAAAACUUCUAAAGACUUACAUGUGGAAGAUAGACACAGUGGAGGUAAAGACUCUAAACAUAACAGAUCCAGUUCAGACUUCAGUCCAAAUGAGAGGUCCUAUCGCCAGAGCAAGAGCAAGAAGGGUGAAAGGGAAGACCGGGAAAGAUCAUCUCUUAAUGAUCGAGGUAGCCAUAACUCUAAAAGUACAAUCAGUAGCAGACAUGACAGGGAUAGGCGAUCCAGAGAUAGAGAAUCUGAACGGCACAGGGAUGGUGGAGACAUGAAGAAAAGUCGCAGUAGGGAGCACUCGUCAUCCCAGCAUUCUGGGGAAACAAGCAGGAGAAAUGACAUUCCUCAUCGUUCUGAAACUCACAAGUCAAGAUCCUCGGAAAAGUCAUCCAAGCAGAAAGAAAUCAACAGGAAAGAUCAUUCUUCAAAGAGCUUGUGUGACCGAAGCCGCAGUCAAGAUAGGAGCAGUAGAUCACACAGGAGCCCUCACCGUGAUGAAGGUAGCAAACAGUCCAAACACUCAUCCAAAAAUGGACAAAAUGUUGCAGAUACAAGACAAGAAUCGAGAUCCACAGGACAUACUUCGGAAAAGAUAUCCUCCAAGCAUUCUAGCGAGAGAACCAAGAGCCAUAGAGAUGAAUCGAGGGGGAGCGCUAAGAGUAAUGACAGGAUUCCAAGAGAACAGAACUCAUCAGGCAAGGAUUCCAGAUCGAAAAAGGACUUACUAAAAAGUAAAUCAGAUGCAAGAAAGCGCAGAAGCCCGUCCAGUAGUGAUGAUGAAUUAGAUGGAAGAAAAGGAGAGAGAUCUGAGAAGAGAUUGGAUAGUGAGAGGAAGCCUGAGAAGUCACGCAAAGAAGGAAGCAAGAACAAGCCAGGGAGUGGAAAGAAUGGCAAGGAUACAAAAAAGUUAAAAGACAAGAAGCCAGAGAAAAAAGCCAGGAAACGAAAGGCAUCGUGGAGCUCUGGAUCAGAUUUGUCGGAGAGCGAUAUCUCACUGCAUUCUACACCUGCAAAGAAAGCCAAAGACAAGAAGGAUAGAACAGUGAAAUCCAAGAAGGCACAUGUGAAGGAUAAGAAAAAGAAGAAGCACAAGAAGGAGCACAGGAAGGAGAAGAAACAAAAAGAUAUUUUGAGGAAGAAGAGCAAGGAAAAGAAAAAGAAAGCCACAAGAAAGCAGGAGGAGGGGUCAAAAAAGAAGAAAACAGAUGAGGUUGUACCACUGUCAGGAAUCCAGAAGAAGCUGAUAGAGAUGGCCAAAGCAGGGAAAAAAGAAGAGCCGUCUGAAGAAGGUUCAUCAAAGAGGAGUAUGGUACCAAUGACCAAAGAGCAGUAUGACAAGGAGGAGAGCAAAGUGCGUAGGGUGUAUGAUGCAGAUACAGGAAGAAACAGGUUGAUUCGAGGCAGCGGAGAAGUCUUGGAAGAGAUUGUGAGCAGAGACAGGCACAAGGAAAUUAACAAGGCAGCUACAAAGCAUGAUGGAAUUGCGUAUUCCAAGAGUAUUUACAGGUGAUCGCCAACCAUCAAGCUUGGAACCAUAAGGUAUUCAUCGUCGCCCCACCAACUCAGCUGCAGAAUGUAAAGGGAUGCUCAAGAUUUUAAGAUUCCUUAUUUUGAAGGUUUGUAACGCAGAAGACACAAAUUGCCAUCCUUUAAAAGGCAGCUACAAGGUAUGGUGAAAUCUCAUCCUCCUGAAACCUGCUUUUGCCAUUAUGAUGACUACAGUUGUAUGUAGUAUGCCUUGAACAUUUGUUUUCAUCGACACCUGUACUAGAAGAAUCUGUUCUUCAAUUUUGCCUAUUUAUAAAGACUGCAUUUCUUGGCUCCCUUGAGUGGUCUUUAUAUGCAGGCUUCACUGUACAAAUCAGAUGUAUUAAAUCAUCAUGAUCGGUAAUGUAUGGGACAAAAUAGCGUGGACUUGCCCUAAUAAUAUAUGGAAGGUUUGCUUUGCCAGAGUUUCAUUUAAUUUGUCAAGUUUUGUAACUUAUAAACAAUCAAUUUGUGUAUACCAUGUGUUUACUGCUCUUGAAAUGAAGGUCCAAAUACUUCAUUUGAAUAAUGUUCAUUUAUGAGUCUAUAGAUAAGCAAACCCUUCAAAUUACAAGCCACUUCAAUGUCUUGUAAAGUAUUUUGGUGACAUCAUGUCUUCUGAUGAUAUACAUGUUCAUGUAUAAAUGAUUUUUGGAUUGACUGAUUCACAUUAAGCCCUUGUAUUAUUAUAUGUGCAAGUAUCACAAAUCACAUUAUCUGAGCUCCUUGAUCAGUUUAAGCGAGUACACUUCUAAACAGCUCAUUACAGCUGUUGUUUCUUCUACGGAGGAAUAACAUUUAGAUCGACAAGAGGUGAAAAUGAGAAGAAAAAAAAGAUUUUCACUUGUAGUUAUUAGUUAGUUGUUAAAUUCCUCUUUUUACAUGAGGAUGAUUGAAAGAUCAUAUGAUAUUGUCAAAAUGCAAGAGUGCCAAAUUCCACUGUAUUUACAUGAAAAGGUACCUGUAAAUUGAUUUGUAUAUCACGCUGACAAUCCUCUUUUAGAGCACAUGUAGUCAUUAUUUUUUAUAGCGAUGUGUUUUUGAGUUAUGUUUAGUAAAGCCCAACAAAUUUCAAGCCUUUUUUUUUUUAAUAUAGACAUACCUUGUGCAACUAUUGAAAAUUUAUGAAUGAAAAUUGCAGAUACAUUACCACAAGGAAAAUUUCCACUUUGUUUUAACAUUAAUUUUGUUGUUCUUGCAUUUACUUAUAUUUUUGCCAUUUUUAGCAUUUUAAUGUCUAUCCUUUACUUAAAUUUUAUUUAUCAUUCUACAUUCUGCGCUAUGAGAAAAGUAGACCCUAAUAAUGCCGAUUUUGUUUCUGUUCAUGCAUAUUGUUUAAGUUUUUAACAAAUAUUUGUUUUGUACCAUACUGUGACUGCAGCAUCUGACAUAGUUUUAUACUUCAAUCAAAGUCCUGAAAAUGUUUAUAAUGUGCCUUAAAAUCUUGUACACAUAUGCCUAGGUAAACUGUAAAACUGACCACCAUGCACCGGCCAAAGUAAGUGUAUUGUACAGUACAUUUUUGUAUUUCGCGUAGGACAUUUGUUACUUAUUUUUUCCCCACUUGCCAUUCACUUAAUAUGUUAAUUUUUUAAUAAUUGUUUUAAAUGAUGCGGUUUACCUUGACAUAUGUGGACAAGCAUUCAUACUAGAAAUUAGCUUGUACAUUCCUAUAUAUCACUUGAUAUGAUGUACAUUUCCAUGUUUUUUAGAUUUUUAUUUUCAAUGGCCUGUGUGCUUAAGUUACUGGGGUCUGUGAUGUAAAAGAAGGAAUCUGCUGUUAAGAUGAUCAGUAAACAAGCAUUUUCAUAUUACUAUGAAGGAGUCGCUCAUCCUACAAGGUAAUGGACCGGUUUACAAACACAUAGUGUGUUCAAAUUUAUGGAUGUUUCUUUCCAGGGGACCUAGUGACUAGUUCUUCCAUUAACGUGUUUGUUAUUAAUGAAUGAACUACUAUAUUGAGAAUCCAGUUUGCAUAUAUUACUGGUUGCUAUGUCGGGCAAGCUUUCGUGUUGUCAAGAACAUUCUCUGUUUAUAAAGCAUGCAUAAAAUUUGAAUGUGUCAGUAAACCGGUCCAUUGUGUUGUAAUGAUAUUGCUCAUUGUGUAUGCUAGGGGAUAAUAUUCAGUCCUAUUACCCCUGCAU